AUGCGCAGUAUCCUGCUCGGAACUCUUUUGGGUUUAGCCAUCAGCGGCCUGUCGAGCGCCAAAGUCAUUUUCGAAGAAGAUUUCGAGGGCAGCCUCGAUCAGUGGAAGAUUGAAGGAUGCCCUGGCGGCGUGGAAAUCUCCGCAGAUUCGGCUCGCACUGGCUCGAAAUCGGCCAAAUUUGUUGUCCAUGAUGAGGACACAAAUGCGGCCUGCCCCGACUCUCCGACUGAGAACCCUCGUGCCCAGCUCGAUUCGAAAGGAUUGUUCCAGGAUGGCGAUGACUACUUCAUCGGCUUUUCUGUGAUGUUCCCCGAAGGCUUCCCCCAGAUCACCAACUGGUUUAUGUUCUUCGAGCUUUACGGACCCCCCUACAACGGGACCCCGAGCAUGGCCCUUUAUGUUUCGGAGGACAACCGGGUCACCUUUGGUCGUGACGCAUCUUCCAACAGAGACACCAUCUGGACGGGCGCGGAGAUCGUGCCCGGCAAAUGGCGAGAUAUCGCCCUGCACGUCAAAUUCUCCACGGACCCCGCGAUUGGGUUCGUCCAGAUCUGGGAGGAUGGUCAGCCGCAGCAGUUGGUAGGGGGCAAUGGGACCACGGUCUUUUACCGCACGCUUAACCGGGAGGUCAAUUAUGAUGGUACUCCGAAUACCGUCGUCCUCAACCAAUACCGCAGCAAGGACACCGGAUACGACUCGGUAACACUUUAUCACGAUUCAGUCAAGGUUGGAACCAGUCUGGAGGAUGUUUCGCCGUAG